GCCCGCGCAGCCACUUGGCGCGGGGGAGGGCGGCGGUGAGGGACCGGGGACCGGAAGUGGCGCGUCGGGGAGGCCUGCCACUUCCGGCGCCAGGGCUGCUGUGGUCUCCUCAGCGCGAUGGCUGCGUUCUUCCGUCAGGUCCUUGACUGGCACUGCCUGGUCCCCCUAACCUGGGCCCGUGUGGUUAGAGAGACUCCUCAACUUGGAGAAGGGAGAAAGAUGGCUGCUGCUUUGUUGCGUAAACUGACUACAGCCUCUAGCGGAGGGGACCUUCAGGAGUUACCCUGUGUGGGACCCAUUAAGUAUGUGAAGGAACCAGCAUGCAGGAUGAACCUUGUUCCAAAAUGCCUCUUUGAGAAACAGAGGACUGCUAUGGAUGGAAGGUCCUUGGAGGUAGAAAAGGUUACCAGUUCCCUCCUGGACAUGGGUUUCAGUGAUGCCCAUAUUAAUGAAUUGCUCAGUGUACAACCUGGUGCCAACCCUCAACACUUGCUGGAUAUCAUUUCAGAGUUUAUACUUUUGGGUCUGAAUCCAGAGCCUGUGUAUGUGGCCUUGAAGAAAAGUCCCCAGUUAUUGAAACUGUCAAUAAUGCACGUGAAGAAGCGCUCCAUAUACCUGCGAAAGCUUGGACUUGGAGAAGGGAAAUUAAAGAGGGUGCUUCACAGUUACCCUGAAAUUUUCACCAUGCGUCAGCGGGACAUCGAUGACAUUGUCCGGGUCCUAAAGGAGAAAUGCCUCUUCACAACACAGCAAGUAACUGAGACUUUGCACAGAUGCCCCUGUGUGCUUCGGGCAGACCCCAGUGAAUUGGAAUACAAAUUCCAGUAUGCGUACUUCAGGAUGGGAGUUAAGCAUCUGGAUAUAAUAAGGAGUCGGUUCUUGCAGUACUCAAUAACCAAGAUUAAGCAGAGACACGUGUACUUGGAGCGCCUGGGACGGUACCAAACCCCUGAUAAGAAGGGGCAGACGCAGAUCUCCAACCCGUUACUGAAGGACAUCCUCAGAGUUUCAGAGGCUGAGUUUUUGGCCAGGACAGCCUGUUCUUCUGUUGAGGAAUUUGAGGUUUUUAAGAAGCUCUUGGCUCGGGAGGAGGACGAGGAGUCUGACAACGGCAUGUCAGACGACGAAGGGGAGAGUCUGGGUGAGGACGAGGAGGACGAGGAGGAGCAGCGGCUAUGAAUGAAGGACUGGGACAGAAGGCCCCAGAGACAAGGGAUAUGUCCCUUCUCUCAAAGCUCUUGGGACCUCCACUUGGAUCUUUUAAAGUUAUGUUUCAUUCUAAAACCAGUCUUUUAACAUAAAAAUUAUUAUAAAUCACCUAAGAAGCAGACAGGUCACACCAUAUAGGAAACGUGUUACUUGCCCUGUUGCUGAGUAUCUAUAGGCAGGGCACUGUUCCAUCCUAAAGAAAAGACGUACUUGGAACUAUUAAAAUCCAGCAGAUUGGGCAGUGCCUGUGUGUCAGUGAGCAGGGCGCUGGCCCCAUAUACUGAUGGUGGUGGGUUCAAACUGCAACAAAAAAAAAAUAGCUUGGGCGUUGUGGCAGGUGCCUGUACUGUAGUCCCAGCUACUGGGGAGGCUGAGGCAAGAGAAUUGCCUAAACCCAGGUGUUGGAGGUUGCUGUGAGCUGUGAUGUCAUGGCAAUCUCUACCAAGGGUGAUAAAGUGAGACUCUGUCUCCAGAAAAAAAAUAAAUAAACAAAAAAUAAUAAAAUCUAGCAGAUUCAAUGCAUCAAAAUUUGGUUUUAUUUUUUUCUCUGUUGAAAUGUGUUAGUGAUAAUUCCACCACUGUAGAGGAUGGAGUUCCUUCUUCUGGCUUAGAAAUCACUAUAUAUCUUUCUAGUCAUAAACAUAAAAUUAUGAGAAAGCAGAAUGAGGUUUUUAGAGCAUCAUAGCACAUUAUUUUAUGAAAAUGAGUAGUGGGUUUUCCACAAAAAUCCUGUGUUUUAAUCCAAGAGUAUCUUAUUGCUUCAUAACUGCGUUCAGUGUACAGCAGAAUAAAGGAAGUUGAUUAAUAAUGUGUGAGUUAAUUCUGUGCAGCUAACUACAGCCAAGCAAAACUCUGG